AUGGCUUCAACAAUCACCAAGCCCGUUAUCCCGCCUGUGGCGAUGGACACUAUCACCCAGCACAUUGGCAACACCCCCCUCGUGCGACUGAACCGUCUGCCCCAGAGCUUGGGAAUUGAUGCCACUGUUUACGCCAAGUUGGAAUACUUCAAUGCGGGAGGCAGUGUCAAGGAUCGCAUUGCGCUCCGUAUGAUUGAGGAGGCUGAGCGCGAGGGCCGCAUCAAGCCCGGUGACACUCUCAUCGAGCCCACCAGUGGCAAUACUGGUAUCGGUCUUGCGUUGGUUGGUGCUGUCAAGGGCUACAAGACCAUCAUCACUCUGCCCGAGAAGAUGUCUGCCGAGAAGGUCGCUGUGCUCCGCGCCCUUAACGCGACUAUCAUCCGUACCCCUAACGAAGCCGCCUGGGAUUCUCCCGAGUCUCACAUCGGUGUCGCCAGACGCCUUGAGAAGGAAUUGCCCAAUGCCCACAUUCUCGACCAGUACGGCAAUGUAAACAACCCUCGCGCUCAUGAAUUCGGCACCGCCGAGGAGAUCUGGACUCAGACCAAGGGCGAGAUCACGGCAGUUGUAGCCGGUGCCGGUACUGGUGGUACCAUCACUGGUAUCGCCCGCGGUCUGAAGAAGCACAACCCCAAGAUCGAGGUGAUUGCCGCCGAUCCUCACGGCUCUAUCCUGGCCUUGCCCACUUCGUUGAAUGACCCCCAUGUCAACGAGCCUUACAAGGUCGAGGGUAUUGGGUACGAUUUCAUCCCCGACGUGCUGGACCAGAAGAUUGUCGACCGCUGGUACAAGACUGCCGAUAAGGAGUCCUUCAUGUACUCUCGUCGUCUGAUUGCCGAGGAAGGUCUGCUUGUUGGUGGCAGCUGUGGUAGCGCCGUUGCCGCCUUGGUGCACGCCAACGAGGAGCGCAAGUUCACCAAGGAUGAUGUCGUGGUUGUCGUCCUCCCUGACAGCAUUCGCAGCUAUCUUUCCAAGUUCGCUGACGACGACUGGCUCGCCGCCAAUGAUCUCUUGCCCAACCCCGCCGAGCCUACCCCGGAGAAGGCUCCCGCUCCUGCCGACCCUCUCGUCGGUGCCAAGGUCAGCGACCUCCGCCUGAAGCCCAUCACCACAGUGACCUCCACUUUCACCUGUGAGGCUGCGAACGAGAUCAUGCGUGACAAGGGCUUUGAUCAGCUGCCAGUUCUGGCUGCCUCUGGUCGCCGACUUGUGGGUCUGGUUACCUUGGGUAACGUUCUCAGCCGUCUCACUCACGGCCGUGCUACCGGCAAGACCCCUGUCUCCGAGGUCAUGUUCGACUUUUCCAAGAUUCCCGAGGUGGUCACCGACUCUCGCGCUCUCGGUCGCUCCAACGGUCAGGGCAGCCGCCGUCAGUUCAUGGAGAUCACCAUGGACACCCCUCUCAGUGUGCUGAACCGUUUCUUCGAGUGGAACAGUGCUGCGAUCGUCACUGAGAAGGGCGAGGGUGGUGCACUCAAGCCAUUGGCUGUUGUGACCAAGAUUGAUCUGCUCACUUGGAUGUUGCACCACAGCAAGAAGCAGACCAACGGCGCAUAG